GGCGGGAGGGGAGCGCGGGCUAGACUCCUCAGAGCUGGCUACCUGGCGCGGCUCUUUGCCUCCUGGAUUUCUCGCCUGCCUGCUGUCCCUUAGUCCUGCCUGCUGCCACACCCACACUCCGCCCCUCAGGUAGCCUCAUGGCUGCAGCCUGUGAGAUUAGCAACGUCUUCAGCAACUACUUCAGUACUAUGUACAGCGCAGAGGACCCCGCUCUGGCUUCUGUUCCCCCUGCUGCCACCUUUGGGGCUGAUGACCUGGUGCUGACCCUGGGCAACCCCCAGAUGCCGCUGGAGGGCACAGAGAAGGCCAGCUGGUCGGGGAAGCAACCCCAGUUCUGGUCAAAGGCCCAGGUUCUGGACUGGAUCAGCUACCAAGUGGAGAAGAACAAAUACGACGCAAGCUCCAUCGACUUCUCGCGGUGUGACAUGGACGGGGCCACGCUCUGCAACUGUGCCCCCGAGGAGCUGCGGCUGGUCUUCGGGCCUCUGGGGGACCAACUCUAUUCCCAGCUGUGGGACCUCACUUCCAGCUUUCCUGAUGAACUCAGCUGGAUCAUUGAGCUGCUGGAGAAGGACAGUACGGCCUUCCAGGAGCCCCUCGGCCCUUUUGACCAGGGAAGCCCCUUCAGCCAGGAGAUGCUGGAGGAGUGCCGGCAGGCCAGCCCCUACUUCCCAGGCAGCUACGGUCCAGGAGCCCCCUCCCCCGGCAGCUCUGAAGUCUCCACCGCAGGGACCGGUACUUCCCAGAGUCCCCACUCCUCAGACUCCGGUGGAAGUGACGUGGACCUGGAUUCCAGUGACAGCAAACUCUUCUCUAGGGAUGGCUUUCCCGACUAUAAGAAGGUGGAUCCUAAGCAUGGGAAGCGGAAACGGGGUCGGCCCCGAAAGCUGAGCAAAGAGUCUCGGGAGUGUCUGGAGGGCAAGAAGAGCAAACAUGCCCCCAGAGGCACCCACUUGUGGGAGUUUAUCCGGGACAUCCUCAUCCACCCGGAGCUCAAUGAAGGCCUCAUGAAGUGGGAGAACCGGCAAGAGGGCGUCUUCAAGUUCCUGCGGUCGGAGGCGGUGGCCCAGCUUUGGGGCCAAAAGAAGAAGAACAGCAGCAUGACCUACGAGAAGCUGAGCAGGGCCAUGAGGUACUACUACAAACGGGAGAUCCUGGAGCGGGUGGAUGGCCGGCGGCUGGUCUACAAGUUUGGCAAAAACUCCAGCGGCUGGAAGGAGGAGGAGGUUGCUGGGAGUCGGAACUGAGGGUCCGAACGGGACCCAGGACCGAACCCACGGACUUGAGGCCUGCAGCGCCUCCUGGGACGACCACCAGGCCCUCACCUUUCGGGCAUGCUGGGGCCGGGCCACAGAGAGAAGCUGAGGUUCUGCUACCUUGUUCAGCCGUCAUCCUGGGAUCCGGGGCUUGUGGCCUCUCCUCUGAGCCCUGCUCUUGGAAUAACGAGCCCUGGGGUUUGAGGUGACUUGUCGG